UCGGAAAGCACGGCGGCCCAAAAGAAUGCCUAUGGGUUCGGGUUCCAACUGGCGUUUGGCUCGACCGCGUACAGUUGCAGCUAUGCCAAAUGUGGCGGCCGAAUGCUUUUCCGGGGAAUUCUGAUUCUGAUCAGAGCAUUUCUGAUGAGGAUGACUUAAAUGGCGAUUUGGGAAACAAUUGCAUUUCUUUGAAUACAAAUAUAGAGAAAGAGCAAGGAUUGCUACUUCAAUCACGACUGGAAAUACUUAGAGGUAAAGGUGAUGUAAGGUUUGGAAGGGAAUUAGACAUUUUAACAAAUGAAAACCAAACAACUUGCUUUGACCAAGAUGAGGUUGAAAUUCCUGAUUCUCCAAAUGAGGAUGACUAUGCACUUGCAAAGUCUUCCAAUACAUCUAGUGCUAGGAAGCUCCAUAAAGAUAACAAUCUUGAUAGUUCUAGGAGUGAAAAACGAGAUGGGGCAUGCACAUCAUCGACAGUGAGUAAAGAAGCUGAGGUGCUUACUGAUUUGUAUGGGAAAUCUCUGGCUUCCUGUUCUGCCUUCUCCAAUUCAAGAAAAUCAUGUAAAGGUGUUAGAGGCAAAGUCAAGCCAAAGUUUUCUCUUUGUUUAAAAUUGCACAAAGAUGAACUCUCUGAAAAUUGUAUUCCUAAGAACAAACAUGUUAUGCCAUCCAAGGCGAGAGCUGUGCUUGAACAAUUGGAAUCAGCUGGGGACGGGGCUGUAGGAAAUUCAAAUCUUAAUUUUCCAGAAGAGUUUCACAGAGAAACUGAAAAUCAGUUAAAAAAUUUCCCUUAUGAAAUAGAAGCUCAUGCGAAUGAGCUUAUUGAGCCUUCAAUGGCCGAGCGUUUGGAUGGCCUUCAGGACAGGAAUGUUCCACCAAGAGGAAGUUCUGAAAUGUCUAGAAGAAUGAGAGGAAAAAGCACACAGUAUUUUUUGAAGAAAAGUAUAUCGUCAGUGGGAGACAGAAUCAUUGAUAAUCAAGAACAGCCUGAGGGGGUAAUUACUGAAUCAUCAAGUGAUGAUGAGGUCAACUAUCAAAAUCUAAAUCUAGCAAACCAAGAGAUGAAAGGGCAGACUAUGGCAGAUAGAUUUCAGGAGGCUUUAGCUGCUACAUCUUUCAGCAAUGAAGGGGCCCUUUUCAUGGCUGUUAAACUGUCAGGUAUUGGGUUGUUUGGGAAGUUGCAGAAAGUCAUGCAGAAUGAAAAGGAAAGAGAUGCUGAUUUUCUUAAAAAGCUACAGAUGGGAGAUGUCCCUAAUGAUGAAUCACAAUCUAUUGUCGUAAAGAUCCUUUCAAGAUACCUGGAAGCAAAGUUGAUUGUGUGUCACUGUUCUUUUCACAAGAAUUUAGAGGACUCCCAGUUGCCAGAGGGAGCUCUAACUGUUUUAGAUAGAGGAAGGAAAGGAACAGUUAUAUUUAGUCCAAGAGUUUGCAGUGAUGUUGAACUUGAAAUUGGGAACUUGAUUCGUAUUCAUCCUCCAUGGAAGGAGGUUCAAGUGAUGGGCAAUAAUGAGGGGAUUAUCUUAUCUACAUAUUUCUCCCAUAUUUUCAUGUGAUCAUUUCAGAUUUCACACACUGGCCAUCUUUAUUCUUGGCCCAAAUCUCUUUCAUUGAACAGAUGGUAAGAGACAUGACUAUACAGUUCCACAUUUUUCUUGCGUUCUGCAUCCAUAAUGUUCUGCUGAACUUGCCUCUUGAAGCUAGGAAGACUUCCAUGAUUGCAUGGAGCUGUCGAAACAUAUUUGCCAGAAGAGCCAAUAGAAUUUUUGAGUUCAUCUUUUUAUUAUCGUCUUCUAUGGUAUUAUGCAAUUGUAACUUGUGAGAAAGAUUAACAUGUGAACUGGCCAAAACAGAAAGUGGUGUAGUUUGUAUUCACCCAAGAAAAGUAAUUAAUAGUAUUUCUUCUUGGUAAAAAAAA